GUUCCUCCUGCAUUAUAACGCUUCGUAUUUCUCUCUUCUUUGACAGAAGAAAAAACUAAAAAUGCGAGGGGUCACCUUCUCGUUCGUACUGCUGCUACUUUCCGCCACCGCCUUAUCCUUUCGAGACGGACUGUUGCCGAAUGGGGAUUUCGAGUUGGGUCCAAAACAAUCAGAUAUGAACGGAACACAGGUGAUUGGGAAAUUUGCGGUGCCGAUGUGGGAGAUAUCUGGGUUUGUGGAGUACAUAAAAUCAGGGCAAAAGCAGGGAGACAUGUUGCUGGUGGUGCCAAAAGGAGCAUUUGCAGUGAGAUUAGGGAACGAGGCUUCAAUCAAGCAAACUGUUAAGCUCAUAAAGGGCAUGUUUUAUGCUGUUACUUUCUGUGCAGCUCGCACUUGCGCCCAAGAAGAGCGGCUUAAUAUAUCAGUCCACCCUGAAUGGAGUAUGCUCCCUAUACAAACAGUGUAUAGCAGUAAUGGAUGGGAUUGCUAUGCUUGGGGAUUUGAAGCUAUGUCUCAGUAUGCCGAUCUACUUAUUCACAACCCUGGAGUUGAAGAGGAUCCUGCUUGUGGUCCGCUUAUUGACUCAGUCGCCAUGAGAGCUUUACCUCGUCCCAGACGCACCAACAAGAAUAUAUUGAUAAACGGCGGAUUCGAAAGAGGCCCUCUGGUUCUCCGUAACACCUCAUCCGGCGUUCUAAUCCCGCCGAUGAUCGAAGACAGACACUCCCCUUUACCGGGCUGGAUAGUGGAAUCUUUAAAAGCCGUUAAAUACAUAGACUCCGAUCACUUCUCCGUCCCACAAAAGAAACGAGCGGUGGAACUCGUCGCGGGAAAAGAAAGCGCCAUUGCCCAGGUGGCUAGAACCGUGGAGGGUAUGAGCUAUGUUCUUUCCUUCUUGGUAGGUGAUGCCAGCAACUCCUGCGAAGGUUCCAUGGUUGUCGAAGCAUUUGCAGGGAGAGAAACCAUCAAGGUUCCUUAUCAAUCGAAAGGGAAAGGUGGAUUCAAGCGCGCAGCUCUUAGAUUCAAGGCGGUUGCCAAUCACACCCGCAUCAUGUUCCUCAGCACGUUUUACUCCAUGAGAACUGACGAUUUCUCUUCUCUAUGCGGGCCGGUUGUCGAUGAUGUCAAGCUGUUGAGCGUGCGCAGCCCAUGAGCUAUGCUGAUUCAAGGCCUUGGAUAAUUUAUAUAUCCGUGUUUCAUAUAUUUCUUUUUCUUUUUUCUUCAAAUACUAAGAUUAAUGUUUUCUUUUUCCUUUUUUUUUUUUUUUUUUUUUUUUUUUUCUUGAGGGUACUGCAAGGAAUUAUCAGAGUCGUCUGUGUGAGUUUAAUCAAGUAGUGAAUCUUAAAAAUAUGGAUCACAUAUAUAUAUAUAUAUAUAAUACAGAUAUGAGAAUAGCAUAUAUAUAUA